GGAAGGGGGAAGUAACGUCGAGGAGUAAGUAACAUGUCAUGUUGCCUCGUGUAACGCUGAAACCCCGCCGACCCAAAUAUCAACUCUUAAACAUUAAUAACCGGAUUAUAUGUCACAGGCCCGGCUGUUGGCUUUUUUCCCCCUGCGCUGUCCUGCCAACUCACGUUCCUCACCCAGAAUCUCAAGAGAUUUGAUUGGACAUGCAGGAAAUGCUUUGGAAGCCAAAAGGUCAUAAACCUCAAGGAGCGACCCAGCAGCAUGCGCACAAAGCGGAGUUGAUGUGACAAUCAUCUGAAGGCCAGUUCCUCAUUUGGCCUUCAAGGGUUUAAGAAUAAAGUCCGUAAACUACUCAACGACUGCACCUGUGGCUGGGACGGAUAUUUCUGCCUCUGGAUACGCAGAGUAAGAUUGGACAGGAUGUUGUCGCAGGAAGGAGGGGAGCCACCUCCAGAUGACAGCCAAUCGAGCAGCCGUCUGAAGAGUAAGAAGCCCCCCAGCCUCUUCAUUGCCAUCCCUCCACCUGAGAAUUCGCGAAAAACUGCUUCCCCUGAUCCAACUAAACAGCCACUCCGUCCAACUUUGAAGAAAAGUACCAGCGGGCAGGCAGCCAGUCCCACGGUGGAGAUGGCCAGGGGGUCCGGGUUAUCCGGGGGGGCAUUGGCGGGGGAGAGGAGGGCAGCUUUCCAAAGACAAACGUCACUUUCACAGAGCAUCCGCAGGAGCACAGCCCAAUGGUUUGGUGUUGGGGACGACUGUGAGACCAAGCAGCAGGUGUGGCACAGAAAGAGUCUUCGCCACUGCAGCCAGCGCUACGGCAAGCUGAAGGCUCAGUUCAGAGAGCCAGAGACGGCCGUCAGCAUGGACCAGGGCCUCGACUCGCCCGUCGCACACAAAAUGCCCAAGAUUGUAGACCCUCUGGCCAGGGGACGAGCCUUCCGUUACCCGGAUGACAUGGAUGGUCGUCCUCCCAGAACUCCCCACGUCACCCAGGGGGCUCCUGUCACACCGGGGGUCACCUCCCUUUGCUCCUUCACCAGCCAGAGAUCCUGCCACAGCCGCCUCCCCCGACGAAAGAGAGAGUCUGUCGCCCGCAUGAGCAUCAGAGCCGCAUCCAACUUACUGAAGGGUCGUAGUGGCUUGGCAGGCUCCCAGGCAGGCCGUAGUUUCCCAAGGCGGAGUUUCGUCAGGCCCAGCUGGAUGGAUGAAGACACGGUGGAUUCCGCGGGAACCUCUGAAUCUCUCUUCUUCAGCAAGUUGGAUGCCCAUGAGGAGUUGUACUCUAUGGCUGAUGAUGUGUUUGAGUCGCCUCCCAUGUCGGCUUCCUUCGCCCCUUGUGAGCAGCCAGACCAGCACUUCCAGAGCCUAAAGGACAUAUCGCGGACGCCCAAGACACCAACAGCUGUGCUGGAGAAAAGCCAUUCUCGCCGAGGCCGGCGCAUCGCGUCUCAGGUGAAGCACUUCGCCUUCGACAAACACAAGCGUCAGUACGGCAUGGGUGUGGUGGGCAAGUGGCUGAACCGACACUACCGCCGCAGCCUCAGCAGCAAUGUGCAGAAACAGCUGGACGACUUCCACAGCCACAGGCCCUAUUUUACCUACUGGAUCACCUUUGUUCAUGUAGUCAUCACACUGCUGGCCUGCUGUACAUAUGGCUUUGCCCCUGUGGGGUUUGCCCAACACUCUACAUCUGAACUGGUGCUGAAGAACAAGGGCGUCUAUGAGAGCGUCAAGUAUAUACAGCAGGAAAACUUCUGGAUCGGCCCCAGCUCUGAGGACCUGAUCCACCUUGGGGCCAAGUUCUCCCCCUGUAUUCGGCAGGACAGGCAAGUAGUCCGACUGAUCCAGAAGGCCAAAGACCUGGAGAGAGAGUCAGGCUGCUGUGUUCAGAACGACAACUCUGGAUGUGUGCAGACCCUCAGCACCGACUGCUCUGAGACACUAGCCACCUUUAUGAAGUGGAACAAUGAGGACGUCAACAUCCCCAGGUCCUCUGGUGCGGUCUGCCAUCAGGACCCAAGAGUUUGUGAGGAGCCGGCCUCACAAACGCCUCACAACUGGCCUGAUGACAUCACGCAGUGGCCGUUGUGUACGUACCCCCGCAAGUGGAACCACACAGGUUACAGACACAUGGACUGCAAAAUAAAGGGGCGGCCAUGUUGCAUAGGAACCAAGGGCAGGUGUGAAAUCACUACCAGGGAAUAUUGCUCCUUUAUGCAUGGUUACUUCCAUGAAGAGGCCACGCUCUGUUCACAGGUCCACUGUCUGGAUGACGUGUGCGGCUUGCUGCCCUUCCUCAACCCCGACAUUCCUGACCAGUUUUACCGUCUCUGGCUCUCGCUCUUCCUCCAUGCUGGGCUGAUGCACUGCCUGGUGUCAGUGGUGUUUCAGAUGACCAUACUUAGAGACCUGGAGAAGCUGGCCGGAUGGGUCCGCAUCGCCAUCAUUUACAUCCUUAGUGGCAUUACCGGAAACCUGGCCUCUGCACUGUUCCUGCCCUACAGAGCUGAGGUUGGUCCAGCAGGCUCUCAGUUUGGUCUACUCGCUUGCCUCUUUGUGGAGCUGUUCCAGGGCUGGCAGAUACUAGAGAAACCCUGGAAGGCCUUCCUCAAACUGCUGGGCAUCGUCCUCUUCCUCUUCAUGUGCGGCCUGCUGCCAUGGAUUGACAACAUCGCACACAUCUUUGGUUUCCUUAGCGGCCUGCUGCUCUCCUUUGCCUUCCUGCCCUACAUUACCUUCGGGACGUUUGACAAGUACCGGAAACGCAUCCUAAUCGUUUUCUCUAUGCUGGUCUAUGUAGGGCUGUUCUCCUCCCUCAUCGUGUGGUUUUACAUCUACCCCAUCAAUUGGCACUGGUUGGAACACCUCACUUGCCUACCCUUUACCAGCAAGUUUUGUGAGAAGUACGACAUAGACCACGACAUCAACCAUGUGGUGCACUAGCCGCUAGCCAUAAUGCUGUAGCUGGCCCUGCCGUUUUACGCGCUAGCAAAUCACUUCACUUUACAGCAAAGGUCAAUGAUUUUUUUUUUCAGGUCAAGUCAAUACCGUCUUACGAAUGCAAAUGGUGCUGGGCUUUUCUUUUUUUUUACCGUUUGAUGAUUAAAGAACUUGAACUAGUUUGGGUUCAUGGGAAUGGGGCGGUGGUUCUAUCUCAGGCUGCUGACCUGGUUACUGCUCCAUAGAUCGUAAUCAUUUGCUAACGGGUCAUCAGAAUAAAGGGACAGGAAAAGAGAUCUCCUGCAAACCAAAGCUACAGAGAGCUUGAAGGGACCUAAACAAAGACUUGAAAAGUUAGAAAUGGUUGGCUUGUUGACUCUGUGAAGGGUCAUGUCACAAAUCCAAGAAGCUUUGAAGACAUUUCAAGUUCAUUGCACCUCGAUUUAAAACGUUAUUUCACCUAAACUGUAUGGAAGCAUGGCUGCAGUUAUGACUGGGGGUGCUGAUUAAGAAUACUUAUGGCGUAAGAACUAAUUUGUACAAAUGUGCACCUCGUUAUUUGAUCAACGUGGAUCCCUCCUGUUUUUACCACGUCUCGGGUUUUCUGCAACCUUAAAUGUUUUUCACAAUCACUACAAGACAUAGAAUGUCACUUUGUUCUGCAGCAAUUUAAUAUAUCGUUAUAAAAAAGUUGUUACAGCAAUUAAGCACAUUCACAUUUACAAGUUUGUUUUAAUGUUCAAAAAUGUGUCUUUUUUUUCUAGUUCCCAAUAACAUUCGGGAGCAGUUAAUACUGUGAUUUAAGUUUGAUAACAGGCCUAAGUAUCAGCUUGCAGCCAAAAUGAAAAAGUGGAGUGAAAUAUCUACUUCAGAAAGACAAAAUAAUUAACUACCUGAAGCAUGAAUUUCAUCCAGAACCACUAGCUGCCUUACUAUUUACAUUUAACAUAUUAAUGUCAUUGUAAUUUCAAAUAAUAUUUACAAUCAUACUGAUACUGGGGACUUUUCUUUCUUAUCAGAAUCAUUUUACAAGCCUCUCAUGCAUUUUAUUUUCAGUUUUUCAUGUACAGACAUGGCAACAUCACUGCCACAGGUUUUAAGUUAGGCACUCCUUAUCAUAACAUUUACAUUGGACCCAUUUAUUAACAAUCACAGUUGUGCCUAAACCACUUUGGAGAUGUACAUUUCUGGAAUGACAGAGUUUAACAAUGAGUUAGUCUGUGACUAAUUCAGUUAAGGGGCAUUUCAGUUAUUUCUAAGCAAGUGUUUUUAACCUCCUUGUAUUAUGUGCAUGCAAAUCAUCCAUGUACGUAGUGUCUGUGCCUUGUCAGAUGGUCACUGACUUGUCAUGUACGUUAUACCCGAGCCAUAUGCUGUUUGAGAAUUGUGCAAGUCUAGUUUUGUUUUAUCACCUUUUUUUUUCCUUUCCGUUAAUUUAUGCUAAAGAAUUUCACCAAUAGGAAACACUACGAGAUGCAGGAUUGAGAUGCAGUGAGCGAUUUAAAAGGCGAAAAACUAAGAUGCAAUAUCUUCCUAGUGGUUAUUUUUACAAAUUAGAAACCAAAUCUUGUGCCGUGUACACUUUACAUUCAGAAAUUUUGAUUGGCACCAGAAUGGGUUGUUGGACUGCUUUGCUAAAACUAACAAGAGGUUUUUCCUAAUGUAGGCCAGGGUCACUAAGUUUCUGAUGUGUCCCAGGGGUCAUAAAGUUUGAGUCACAGAUUAAAUUUGUUUUUCUUAAAGCCCACAAUUCUGACAAAUCCUUAACUGCUAGGAAAUCGAGGUGGAUUACUCUGGUGUGGUGGAUUAUAUGACUUGUUCUGAGGAGGCUUUGCUAAGUCUCUUAACUCCCUGCUUGACUGAUGCUGUCGAUAAAAUGUGUAAGUCAGAUGAUGUGGAGGAUAUGUUUUAUACAGGACAACCAAAUCAUUUUAAAAAUGUUUUGUUCAUAAUGUCUGAUUUUGGAUUCUCAUUUUGUCACUCUUCUCAUGUUGCUAAUCUGUCCUUGCAAAUGGGGAGGAGGUCCAGACUGUCGCCAGCUGCGUUUUAGGAAACCCGCAGUGCCUUUUGAAUCGAGUCGCUGUGAUUUGCAUUGCAUUAUUUCAAUUCCCAUUAACAUUACUGUAUGCAGCUGUUCUGUUGCCACAUCUGCAUUGGGACCAACUGAACUUGUCGUUUCUAUUUAUUUGAAUAAAAAGGUGAAUGUUUUGAAAGAAUGUUUGGCCAUGGUCAAGGUACUGUUUUAUGAUGUUUCAUUUUUAUAUGAUAAACCUGAAAGGUUUUAUGUGAAAGAAAUCCACAAAAUAAAUGUCUU